AUGUCCCCCAAUACAGAUCGGGAGAAAGAGCCCCAAAAUACCGAGCGAAGGUCUCAUGAUACUGACUCGAUUUGCGAAUCCGUGUCAUCGGUGGACACGCAGACCGAUCAUGAUGCGCUGGGUAAGACCUUGACGGCCCGCGGUUCGCGGACCUCGUAUAUGUCUCUGUCCGAGCGAGUGACCACCAUCGCGACAAAUGCUACUGCCGAUCCAGACUACGAGGUGGAUUGGGAUGAUAAUGACCCUGAGAACCCUAAGAACUGGAGCCUCAAGUACAAGGCCAUGGGAAUCCUGUUCCUGUCAUGGAACACACUCAUCGUCGUCCUAUAUUCUACUUCAUACACGUCAGGCACCGCACUCAUCGCCGAGGAAUUCGGCCAGAGCGAAACCAUUGUCACUCUGGGCUUGACAUUCUAUCUUAUUGGAUUAGCUAUCGGCUCCAUGUUCAUGGCUCCCCUGAGUGAAGUCUAUGGACGCAAGCCCGUGUGUGUAAUUUGUUUAGCAGUGUUCACUGUUCUCAUCAUCCCCUGUGCGCUUGCUAAAUCGGUCACGGCACUCAUCGUCGUUCGCUUCAUUGGUGCGUUCUUCGGCAGUGUCAUGAUCUCCACGGCUCCUGGCAUGGUGGCUGAUCUGGUGGACGAUGAGCAUCGCGCAUUGGCAAUCUCCAUUUGGAGUAUUGGGCCUUUGAAUGGACCUGUCCUUGGGCCUGUCAUUGGUGGUUUCGUGACUCAAUAUCUCGGCUGGCGCUGGAUGUGCUGGAUUGCACUCAUCCUGUCUGCUGUUGCAUUGCUAUUUGCCAUCCUUUUGAAAGAGACUUAUGCACCAACCUUGCUCCAGAAGAAAGCAGCCAAACGCCGCGAACAGAGUGGCGAGUCUCGCUGGUGGUGUCGCUAUGACCAAACUGCGGGUCUCUACGAGGUUCUGAAACUGAAUCUGAGUCGUCCAUUCGUCAUGGCAGUCACCGAACCCAUCUGCAUCUUCUGGGACAUCUACAUCGCCAUCAUCUACGGAAUCCUCUACCUCUGCUUCGUAGCCUACCCAAUUGUCUUCCAAGAAAUCCGAGGCUGGGGCCUCGGAAUCUCAGGCCUAGCCUUCCUAGGCAUUGGCAUCGGCGUCGUCCUCACAAUCGCCUGCGAGCCCCUAAUCCGCCGCUUAAUCAACAUGCACGCCCCAGACCCCGAAACAGGAAAGCCACCCCCCGAAGCAGCCGUUUCCUUCGUCUGCAUCUGCGCCCUCAUCAUCCCUGUCGGUGAACUCUGGUUUGCAUGGACUUGCUCCCCAGCCUCCAUUCAUUGGAUCGCUCCCUUGCUUGCGGGUAUUCCGUUUGGGGCGGGUAAUACCGGUGUCUUUAUUUAUGCUUCUAAUUACCUGACGCACAGUUAUGGUAUGUAUGCUGCUUCUGCGUUGGCGGGCAAUUCAGUCAUUAGGAGUAUUCUUGGUGGUGUCUUGCCGUUGGCUGGCUCGGCUAUGUAUAAGAGUCUAGGUCCGAAUUGGGCUGGCACGCUCUUGGGUUUGUUGGAGGUGUUGAUUGUGCCGAUUCCGUUUGUGUUUUACAAGUAUGGGCAUAAGAUUCGGAUGAAGAGUCCGUUGAUUGUGCGCAUGCAGGAGGAGAAGACGAAGUUGGAAGGGAAGAGAGCUAAGAGGGCCCUUCAGCUGGCUAAUGCUAAUCGGGAGGAGCUGGAACAGGAGGAGGUUUGA